AUGGUUGUUAGUCUUCUUGAGAUUGUGAAGUGUAAUUUAGAGAGUAAAUUAGCUGGGAAUAGGACUUUAGAUGUUAAAACUCUAAUAUCAAACUUUACUCAAAUAAAGCAACAACUUUUCCCAUUUGAUAAUUCCAUUUCAAAUCCCGAUAUAAAGAAGAUAUUAAUCGCUUUUACAGAAUCAGAGACUCUCAGUUCUGCCAUUGAAGUACAUCUUUAUAAAUUAGAAGAUAAAGUUAUCCUUUACGUAUCAAAAGUAGACUCUACUGGCUUUGGUAAAACACCUUCUCCAAUCUCAAUCGCCGUUGAGAGCAUAAUUGAGUGGUCAAAACUAUCAUUUAAAUUGGAUAUUUGGUUACACAUAUUUGCUAGAGCUCAAAACGCGUAUAUAUUUCCUAAUAGUGAAAAGAACGGUAAAAAGAGAGUAUUAACAGAUACCCAACUACAAAGAUGGUGGAAACGCACAUUAGAUGAUUUGAAACCUAAAUCAAAAUGGUUGUUUUUACCUGGAUAUACUCAAGAUGAAGCCGCUGGCAUUAUAAAAUGUGAUAAUAAUUGGAUUUAUGGUAAUCCUCAUCAAUCUAUUACAGAUUUAAAGGAUAGGAAGCUCUCUUCCCUAAUACCUUAUUUUGAUGAUGAUCCAAAGUCGAGGUUUUUAGAUGAGCUAGCGAAUUCAACUGAAGCGCUUGAUGGGCGUGCAUUAAAGAAACCUAGAAAGGAAAACACUCAAGAGGAGAACGCGGAUUAUAAAAGGAACGCACUAGAUCGCACAUCUAUUGAAGAGUUCUGGGAGAGGCUUGGAUUUAGACAAGAGUGUGCCUCAGGCAGAGUAACGGGCUUCUUCUUUUUGCAUUUCAAGUCAGACGAUCAAGAUACAUCUAAUGAGAAUAAAAAAGACGACGAUUAUGGCAUUUCUAUAGAACUUUUCCAUAGAAUACACGACUUGCUAACUAACUCGGAUUUCAUUUCACUUGAUAGUGCAAAAGUAGCAACCACUUCGUGGAAUGACAACAUUAAUUCUCUCAUAGACAACCCUAAACUAUACAUCAGCCAUCAAGUCAUUGUCAACAAUCCAGAAAAACUCAAAGUAAAGGAAAAUGUAGAGGCUGUUAAACCACAAGUAUUGACAGUUCGUAAGAAAAAAAGACCUGCUAGUGAAAUGUAAAUGUAAAUGC